AUGUUAAAACCCAUUCGGGCAGUGCGAAUAUCCAUUUCAGAGCACAUCUCCGACUCUCUUGUCGUCGGUGACGGUUCGAUCCGGGAGGUUUCGAAUUCUGUGACUGAAAAUGGACUUCCAGUAGAAAAAAAGCGUGUAAAGUGCUCUCGUGUUGCCGUCACUUUGUGCUUCUCAAAGUGCUUUCCCUGCAUUUACCCUGACGAGGUCUAUUUAAUCGACCCACCCGUUGCUGCGGCAGCGUGUGUUUAUGCUGAACACAAACCAGGACUUGAGUUUGCCACGUUGACUGUCGUCAGCUCCAACUUUACCUCCAACUGGUGGCUGAGGCCCCUGGCCCUCCGAUCUAGGGGUCUCAAGGAACAGCAACCUAACCAGCAACAGGGCGAGCUCAUCUACACAGUCCACUGUUCGUCAGUGCGACCGAAGACCACUGACUCUGAAGCCUCCCACUCCACUCCCUCCAAAUUCACUGCAGCGCCACGUCUGGCGAGGAGAUUCUCCGGUCACAGACGCAAAGGCUGGGGACUUGUGAAGAUGCUACCGAAGAAGUCGGUGUCCCUAACAGACGGCACAGACGGUGUGGUGUCUGGCGCAGCGACGUGUCCGAUGCCUGGCCGAAGUAGUCCAAGGCUCUCAACCAGCUGUUCGCCUGUCGACCCCGCUCUCCUUGCCAAAGCCAAGGCAACCGCACAGGAGGCUAUCAAUAAAAACAUGGUUUUCGCGGUACUGGGACCCUACCGACACAUUCGUGAAGGAAUGCGACGUCGCGGGUGGGUCGAAAAGUACUACCAGGCGCCCACGACGGUGAGUAGCGAGCGUGUGACGUCACCGCGUUGUCCGCGGGCUUCCAAAAGUCAAAGCUCCAACGACUCUAGCUAUCGCGACCUUGAGGUCUUCAAGGGAGACAUUGACUACAACGAUGAGCAACAGAACGACCUCGGAUACGCCACAAACGGUCGGCGGUUGCUGCCGUGGGAGGAGAAGAACGGAUUUUACGGACUCCUGGGCAGAUAUGUCAGGCACGUGGUCCCGAAUUUCAUCUGGUCGUUGAAGAAGGCUCAGAUCGACUUCCGCUUCCUCCGUCCAGGCCAGAUCGUCAACCACCACACCAGAGCGCCAUUCACAACCAAGGUUGGACUCUGUCGGAAUUUGCGUCUCCGCGGCUCCUCCAAGGAGAAGAUGGUGGACUCCCUCUUCCCUCGGUGUUUCGUCAUCUCACAGGACGAGGAUCGGGCACAAUUCAUUAAGGAGUUCCGCCUGACAGCGUGCAUGUCCGCAUUGAAGUGGGCCUGCAAUUACUACGACCUCCCAAACCACCCGACAGACAACGUUCUUGCAGACAGUCUAAACCCUUUGCUUCCGGCGGUUAUGCUGUCUGUUUGUGGGGCUAGACGAAGUCAGAACGCCUUGAUGGGUGCCAUGAUUGGUCCCCUAACACUAUCGGUUCUCAUUUUCCACUUGGUUGCGCUCAAUUUAAACAAAACACUCAGUCGCGAACACCUCAAGGGGGGUGAUUACGCUCUCUGCCCCCUGCCCCCUGCCGCGAGCGUUGUCAAUCCGGUUGCCGGAGCCGUUGCCUCGUUUUCCCACCAUAUAAUUUUCGCCUCUAAUUGCUCGUUUCUUUCGCAAAUCGACCUAAUUCACGCUUCUGGAGGGUUAUGUUGCCUGCGUCGUGGCUGCAGUAAGUCUGUCGUCUGCAUUAAGCAUGUGGCUUGGGUGCAGAAAGAUUUUGAGGAUCGCAGCAAGUAG